AUUUAAAGGGUUGAUAGUAUAAUCGGUAUAUAAAGCUAUAAAUUGUUUCAAUAUUAUAAUUGCACAUUAAUAAAAAAAUUAAGAAUUAUAAAUAUAACAAGCAAACUUCAAUCUUGACACUUUUGCAAAGAUUAGGGACAUUAUGUAUUAAAAAUAUAACCUAAAACUUAAUUUUAUUAAUUUCAUAAAAUUGAUUUUUGUAUCUUUCUGACUCUACAAUUUCAUAAUUGAGUUUUAAAAUGGGAACUAAAGUUUGUGACAUUAGCGAUGAUGUGAAGGAAAAAUUAAGACAAUUCCGUUUUCGAAAAGCAACAACAAAUGCUGCUUUAAUAAUGAAAGUUGAUCGAGAAAAACAACAGGUAUGUGUUGACGAAAUAUUGGAUAACAUAUCUUUAGAAGAAUUAAGAGAGAUUUUACCAGGUCAUCAACCUCGUUAUGUUAUUUAUUGUUGCAAAAUGGAACAUGGUGAUGGUAGGGUAUCAUUUCCCAUGUGUUUUAUUUAUUUCACUCCAAGAGAUAGUCAUAUGGAAUUACAGAUAAUGUAUGCUGGUACAAAAAUGGCUUUGCAACGUGAAGCUAAUUUGACAAGAGUAUAUGAAAUUCGAGAUUUAGAUGAAAUGACUGACGAAUGGCUUCAAGAUUGUGUAAUGGGAAAGUAAUAUAAUUUUUACAUAAACUGUGAUCUUGUAUAACGAUAAAUAUUUCAUAUUUUGAUACUAUUAUCAUUAAGAGACAUUUGAAUUUUUUCAGUAAUUUUUAAUUAUUAUGAUUUUAUAAAAUCAAUAGUUUUAUAAUUUAAUAAACAUCGAUUUUUUGUAGUGACAUUUUGAAUGAAUUAUAUUUUGUAAAUUAUAUACUCAGAUUAUUUUUAUUUUAAUAGAAUUUUAAAAAAUAUUUUUAUCAUGAUUGUUAUGCAUAUUUUAUUUUUGUGUUAGUUAUUUUAGCUUUUUCAUUUUUAUAUGGUAUUAAAAUAAAUGUACAAUUUUAUAU